CCACUGUAAAACGCGUGUGCGGUAUCAUAACCAAAAAACGUCACCAGCAUUGUUUAAGAAUACGAUACAUUCAAAGCAUGUGUAGAGUUGCUAAAACGUUAAUAUUUGAAUGAAAAAAUUUCAAAAAUGGCAAAAGACUACGAUUUGAUAAAAACGAUCGUAGACGAUCAAGAGGUUCCCGAUUUUUCGGACAAAUCGGACGAAGAAGAAGACUAUCAACCACGUAAGCAAAAGAAACAGGAGAAGAAAGAUUUUGACAGUGAUUUCCAGUUCAUCAGCAAUGCCUCUGAAUAUAAUCAAGACACUUGGGAUGAUCUUAGCAAAUACAUCAAGCGAAAGGCAAAGACAAAACUUGAUGAUAAAAUACAGAAAGUACGAAAAGAACACGAAGAAGAGAAUGGAACUGAAGACAACCCAAUUAAACUAGAACAAGAAGCUGUUGAUGAGGAAGGGAUUUAUCUUUCUGACGAUGAGCUUCAAAGAGACAACUUCAGAGUGAAAGAAAGAAAGGGUAAAAUGAGAAAACAAUCUUCCUUAAACAAUGAUUUGGAUUUAAUGGACUUUGAAGAGGCUUCAGGUUUUGACGAGCAUGCCUCAUUCUAUCAAAUGAAUUUAUCCAGACCAUUACUCAAGGCUAUAUCAGCUAUGGGUUUUGUGCACCCAACACCAAUUCAAGCGGCAACCAUUCCUAUUGCUUUGAUGGGUCGAGAUAUAUGUGGGUGCGCAGCUACUGGCACAGGAAAAACUGCUGCAUACAUGCUUCCCACUUUGGAAAGAUUAAUAUACAAACCUGCCGAAGGUACAGCAGUAUCCAGAGUUCUGGUACUUGUACCAACCAGAGAACUAGGUGUGCAAGUAUACCAAGUAACAAAACAAUUGGCCCAGUUCACUACUGUUGAAGUUGGAUUAUCUGUUGGAGGAUUAGAUGUUAAAGUGCAAGAAUCAGUUUUACGAAAAAGUCCCGACAUUGUCAUAGCUACCCCUGGACGUUUGAUUGAUCAUUUAACAAAUACACCGACAUUUGCUCUGGACAGUAUUGAAGUGCUCAUUUUAGAUGAAGCUGAUAGAAUGCUUGACGAAUAUUUUGCUGAGCAAAUGAAACAUAUUGUGAGACAAUGCUCGAGAAGUAGGCAGACGAUAUUAUUCUCUGCUACUAUGACAGAAGAAGUGAAAGACUUGGCUGCAGUAUCUUUGGAUAAACCUGUCAAAGUAUUUGUCGAUAGCAAUCAAGAUGUUGCGUUUAACUUGAGACAAGAAUUUGUUAGGAUUCGCAAGGAGAGAGAAGGUGACCGUGAAUCUGUUUUAGCCGCUUUGAUCUGCAGAACGUUCCAUGACCAUACUAUGGUUUUCGUUCAAACUAAAAAACAAGCACACAGACUUCAUAUUUUGCUUGGUUUGUUAGGUGUAAAGGUAGGUGAGCUACACGGUAAUUUAACACAACCUCAACGUUUGGAAAAUUUAAGGAAAUUCAAAGAUGAAGAAAUUGACGUUCUUUUAGCCACCGAUGUUGCAGCGCGUGGUUUAGACAUCAGUGGUGUAAAAACAGUUAUAAAUUUUGUCAUGCCUGCUACUAUUCAACAUUAUAUUCACAGAGUCGGACGAACUGCUCGAGCAGGUCGUGCGGGUGUUUCGGUUUCAUUGGCUGGUGAGCAGGAACGUUUAUUAGUAAAAGAAGUAAUCAAACAAGCUAGAAAUCCUGUUAAGAAUCGAAUAAUUCCUCCGGAUAUAAUAGAAAAAUAUAACAAAAGAUUGGAAGCACUUGAAAAAAAUAUCGAAGCCAUACUUCAGGAAGAACGUGAAGAGAAAGAAUUAGCCAAGAUUGAAAAUCAAGCCAAAAGAGCAGAAAAUAUGUUGAAAGGUGACGAUAGCAAAGGUCAAAGAGCAUGGUUUCAGAAUGACAAGGAGAGAAAACUGGAAAAGGAUAAAUUGUUAUUAACUGAAAAGAAAGAUAAAGGAAAGGGGAAAAAGAAACAGGAAAAAGAACCAUCAAACGCAGUUAACGAAAAAGCAAAACAAGCAAAGAGAAAAAAUCCUCAAAAAGAAACCGCAGAAGACAGAGCGAACAAAGAAAUGGAUAAAGUUGCCGCAUUUCAGGCAAGAUUAGCUAAACGGAAUAAUAAACAAAAGAAAAUCAGAUCUGUCGUUGAUGACGAUAUGUAUGCGUCUUCUAAAAAACAAGGGUCGUUGAAAAGGUCAAGAUCUUCAUUCGCUGAAGAUUUGACUGACACAAGUAAGAAGGGAGUCAAGAAAAUGCGUUACGAAGCAAAUGAUAAGAAAAAACAGAAGAAAGGAAAAGCUUUCGGGAAUGACAAAUCGAAACAGAAACCAGGGAAGCUUUUUGGGAAGCCAGCGGCAGCUAAAUCCAAAGGUCAAAAAAGAUUCAGAAAGCGUAGAUAAAAUGUAAGCUGUCUGUGUUAUCAUAAUAAUAAAAC